ACUUUCUGAUGCCCUUUAGUUUGCACGUACAUAAGACUUAUUGAGAAUUCUUGCUGGCAUUAGUCUAACUUGACUAUAUUUAAAUUUGCUCUCGCUCGCUUGUGCAUUUAGUGGAUCUCUUUCCGCUUCGACAAGCUCACUCGAGCCCAUUGCGACUGUUAGAUUCAAAGGUUGACAAAAGAUAAUUGCCCUGAAGAAACAUGGAUGGACUGAGGAAUUUUACGAGCGAUUCGAUUUCCUCCAGUAAAAACAAAGACAGAGAUACUCCCUACCCUGACUAUGAGCCUGAUAAUGUGCGACGUGAAGGAGAAGUUUAUAUUGUGAGGAGAGGUGUCGGAAACAAGAGCGACAAGGAAACCGUGUUGCAUCACUGGGCUAUCGCUGUUAAAUUCGAUAAUGGGAAAUGGGUUACGAUCGAAGGAAUCAACGAGGAUGCAUUGCUGUCACCUGGAUAUUGCUAUUCGUCUUCCGCACCAGACGGCACCAUCAUUGAUAUUAAAAAUUCCCCAGCACCUGAUCCAGAAGAUGAAAAUCUAUUAAAGUAUAUUGCCACUAUCACGCAAUUCAUUAAGUCUAUCUCGUUUGAGAUCGUACGCCGCAUAGAGGCUUCUCCUCGGGAUCUGCACGCGCUUGCUGGCAGCAUCCCAAUCAAGCCGUACUGUCUUGGCGUGAACGACUGCCAAACUUGGUUUUUGGACGCCCUGCGGAAACUCCAGUUCUUCGAAAUUGGAACCAAGAGCACGAGCGAUUGUGCUUUUGACACUCUGAGAGCUCCCUUGAAGACUGUCACUAACACGGGCUUCAAAGCAGUAUCCACGGUCACCAAUACUGGACUCGAAGCUUUUAACACCGUAGGGAGGGUUAUCAGUGGUGAAGAGAAUCCAGCCACGGCCCUCGUGGAUGGCGUUGGGAAAACGACUAAUCACGUCAUCACUGGCGUGUCCGGCACUGCCGCUGGAGCUGUGGAUGGCGUCGCCGGCUUUGCAGUGAAUGCAAUUGGGAUGGCAACCGGCGGAGGGUGCGCCACGAAGAAAGGCCUGUGCGCGGACAUCAAGAGUCUGCAGGAAGAGGUUCGAUCUGGCCGUAUGAGCGCUGGUAAAGCCACGGCCCAGACGCUCGGAAAAGCUGCUGGAAACGUUGUCUACGGGGUCGCUAACACCACUACGAACGUUGUCGGCGGCGUCGCUGAAACUGCCACCGGCUUGGUGUCUGGAGUGGCUGGAACCGUCGCGGCCCCAUUCAAAGCUGUGGAUUCACUCGCGGAAGAUAUCGCCAGGGGUGAGAUCAAUCCAGUUCUUGGAGUUGUGGCAGCUCCGGUCGUGGUUGUCGGGGCUGUCGCAGAGGGCGUAGGAAAGACCGUUGUAAAUGUCGGUGCUGGUGUUUGUAAAACUGUGGGUGGUAUUUUCAAAGGAUUGGGGAGUAUUUUUUAAUCAUUGUUAAAAAAUCAAUUAUGUGAAACAAUAUUAGUUAGUCUUAUAGCUUUUAGCAAACUGAGAGCAAGUAAAAAAUGUGCCUUACCAAAAUGAAGCAUUCUCAAAUUUUUUAAAAUCUUUAUUACUUUGUCAGGCCCUAGAUGGGACAGAAAGCUCAAGAAUUAGUGCUGCAAGUAGAAACGCCGAAUCUUUUAACAGCUCUGUAGAAAUACGUACAAAUAAAAAGUUAUUUUUGCUACACACCCAAAAAGCUGCUCUGACAAUUUAUGACAACCUCGCAACAUAAUUAAUUUAAUAACCUAUAUAAAUGACAUGACAACCUUUUGGUUAAAUAUUUUGUUUUUUGUAUCCAUGCAGUUUUCUGCUAGUCAAUUUUUCCUUUGUUCGUGUGAUUUGAAUAAUCAUAUUUUUUCAACUGUAGUCGUAAUAGCUAUAAGCAACAAUAAAUACAUAUAUAAACUACUUAUAUUUUCGAACAAAGUGUUAAAACGGGUUGGAGUCGCACCGUCACCAACUAGCCACUUUUGCUGGUGUUCCCUACUUUCCAGCACAUUAUUUAGGGGCGGCGUAAGAAGAGGUGAAAGAUGAGCCCAAGACCCAAGCUCCUCUUCCGCGGCCGCUCGACGGUUUUAUUGUGACCGGUGAGCUAUCAUAGCUCAUUGGAUGUGCUGGGUGGAGGUUAAAUUUACCCAUCUUUUAAGACUGUAAUUAUUAAGACUUCCUGAUGGUUAAAAGAAGCCUUCCAUUAUAGUUGCACAAAGUUAAGACUUUUCAAAAUAGGCAGUGUCUAACCAAAUAAAGUCCAACCUGAUCCUAUUCGCUCGCUCUCUGGUGUUUCUAGUAUUUUCUUUUUCUCUGAUACCCAAUUACGUUAUGCCAGGAGAAUUAAUAAUUCGGUUGAUAUAAAUUGCAAAAGUUUUAAAUUUGUAACAUAUUUUGAUGUACACAUUACACACACAUCAUCACAAAUUUAA